AUGUCUAACGGAACGUCUCUUUCGCCGGACACGUUAGCUGACGCUCUCAAUCUUGCAUCAUUAACAAAUCAACAAACUCAACAACAUUUAACGCCCGAAUCAUUGGUCGCUGCUGUGAAAUUAGCAACAACAACUAAUCAUCAGGAGCAGACAACAAAUGCCGACAGCAGCGAUGAUAUGGUUCAACGAUUGGCAACAGCGUUUAACCUGACAACUGUAGCAGAUGAGCAGAAAAAAGAUGAAGAACCAUCUGUUGACCUGUUAGCUAGCGCAUUAAAAGCAGCAAAUACGAUGUCUUCUACGACUCGCGAUGAUAAUCAACAAGACCAUUCAGUUAGUCCGGAAUUAUUAGCAGAAGCAUUAAAACUUGUUACUAAUGCAAACCAGUCGAAAUAA